AAGAGCACCUGAUUGAAAAUAAGUUAUAAAAGAGACCCUUAUUUGCAAUCAAUUGAAAAACUUGUUUCUUGUCAAAUAGGUUUCCUUCCCUUUUUAUCCUUCACUCAAGUUCCAGUCUCUGAUCUCCGUUUGCAUUCUCUCUCAGCUUUCCGGUCGAAGAAUCAUUCAAUUUAAGGGGAAAAAGAAGAAGAAAAAAAAACCAAACAUGUCGAAAUCGGUGAUUGAAACGCCUCCGAAGGGUGGGUUUAGCUUCGAUCUUUGUAAAAGAAACGAGAUGCUUUCAAAGAAAGGCGUUAAUCCACCGUCAUUUCGUAAAACGGGUACCACUAUUGUUGGCUUGAUCUUCCAGGAUGGUGUAAUUCUUGGAGCAGACACUAGAGCAACUGAAGGACCUAUAGUUUGCGAUAAGAAUUGUGAGAAAAUUCAUUACAUGGCCCCAAACAUUUACUGUUGUGGAGCUGGAACUGCUGCUGACACAGAGGCAGUAACUGACAUGGUCAGUUCACAGCUCCAGUUACACCGCUAUCAUACUGGUAGAGAGUCCAGGGUUGUGACAGCAUUGACCCUUCUCAAGAGACACCUUUUCAACUACCAAGGCUAUGUUUCUGCUGCUUUGGUACUUGGUGGUGUAGAUGUCACUGGGCCUCAUUUGCAUACUAUAUAUCCCCAUGGGUCAACUGACACAUUGCCAUUUGCUACAAUGGGUUCUGGUUCCCUGGCAGCAAUGGCAGUAUUUGAAUCAAAAUACAGGGAAGGCCUUACUAGAAACGAAGGAAUAGAACUUGUCACUGAGGCUAUAUGCUCUGGUAUCUUCAAUGACCUCGGAAGUGGAAGCAAUGUUGAUAUUUGUGUAAUAACUAAGGGUGGCAAAGAAUACUUGAGGAACCAUCUACAACCUAAUCCUCGAACUUACACCAGCUCCAAAGGCUAUUCUUUUCCCAAGAAGACAGAGGUCCUCUUGACAAAAAUCAUACCGCUUAAGGAGAAAGUGGAGAUCAUCGAAGGAGGCGACGCCAUGGAAGAAUGAAGCACUUAUGUAACUGAUGAUUAGUAUAUCAACUCUCUAGCUUUCAUUUAUGCUCUAUCAAAGAACUAUUUUCUGAUCAGUGUUGUGCAAUUGCUCAUCUGUUUGACCUAAGAUUUUGUUGGUAAUCAAACCUUUUGAGUUUGUUUUAA